CAGCACAAUUACACAAAGGUUUCAGAAUUCCUCCUCCUGGGCUUGUCAGAAGACCCCAUGGUGCAGCCCCUGCUCUUUGGACUCUUCCUGUCCAUGUACCUGCUGACCGUGCUGGGGAACCUGCUCCUCGUGCUGGCCGUCAGCUCGGACCCCCACCUCCACACCCCCAUGUACUUCUUCCUCUCCAACCUGGCCUUGGUGGACGUCUGCUUCACCUCCACCACUGUCCCCAAGAUGCUGCACAACAUCUGGACACAGAACAAAGCCAUCACCUACGGGGGCUGCAUCACCCAGAUAUAUUUUUUUAUACUCUUUGCUGUUCUGGACAACUUUCUCCUGACUGUCAUGGCCUAUGACCGCUACGUGGCCAUCUGUCAACCUCUCCACUACAUGGUCAUCAUGCACCCGAGACUCUGUGGGCUCGUGAUUCUUGGGUGUUGGGUUUCAAGUCUCCUGCAUUCCUUGAGUCACAGCUCAAUGUCACUGCGGUUGUCCUUCUGCUCAGACUUGGAAAUCCCUCAUUUUUUCUGUGAGCUCUAUCAGAUGAUUCAGCUUGCCUGUUCGGACACCUUCCUCAAUAAUAUCGGGAUGUAUUUAUCAGCUGGGCUUGUCUUCUGUGGCCCUUUUGCUGGGAUCCUCUACUCUUACUCUAAGAUCAUGUCCACCAUACGUGGCAUCUCCUCUGCUCAGGGGAAGUACAAGGCAUUUUCAACCUGUGCAUCUCACAUCUCUGUGGUCUUCUUGUUUUAUUGUACGAGCAUAGGAGUCUACCUGAGCUCCGCUGCUACCGAGAACUCACACUGGAGUGCAAUAGCCUCCGUGCUGUACACGGUGGUCACCCCCAUGCUGAACCCUUUCAUCUACAGCCUCCGGAACAAGGACAUCCAGGGGGCUCUGAGAAGAGUUUUUCUGAUGGAAACUAUGAAAGGUUCAAUUAUCCUGGAGCUGAAGAAGUCCCCAUGA